AUGAUUAAUAUUAUAUAUCCAAUGUACCAUGAGGACAACACUGAUAUUAAAAGGAGAAGUGAUGCAUUGAAUUUUAAAUCUUUAAAGAUUGCAGGUGAUUUUAACGACUGGCAAAUCGAACCUAUGGAGCUGAAAGAUGUUGGUAGACAAACUUUUUGGAUUUAUUCUAUUGAGGACUCUAAGUUAAGAAAUUGUAAAAAGUUAAAUAAUAACGGUGAGCUUUUAGUUCAUUUCAAGUUUAUUGAUGACUACAAUAAUUGGUUCACUACAUCAGAUUACGCAACCGAACCUGAUGAACAUAACAAUAUUAAUAAUGUUGAAGUUGUAAGGUAUAGGGAAAAAGAAGUAGAAAAGGAUGGAGAUGUUGCCUCAGUUAAAGAAAAAAUGCAAGGAGAAAAUAUUCAGAAAGCUGCAACUGAUUCUGAAUCUGAAAUUCUAGAUGAAGGUCCCGGAUCACCUGCACCUUCCCUAAAGGACAGAAAAGCACAGUUACAAAACAGUUUUAUAAAAGAUUUUGAUGUUAUUUCCGAUGCAUUACAACAUUCAGAAACUACCAAAACAGCUGUAAGUAGUUAUGCGUCUACCAUUAAUAAUAAAGAAAAUAAGCAAGAAAAUAAAGACAUGCCUAAUAUUUUAGACGAGUCUAUUAUAGAGUCUGAAUCAAGUAGUAGAAAGAAUGAAAAGUCGGAAAACAAUGAUAUAGUUGAGGAAUAUUCUGAUAAUAACUCUAAAUUAAACUCAUCUGAACAAUUUCAGGGAGAGAAACAAGAAGAUUUAAUAAUUUUUACUAAUAAAUACUCUCUAAACACUUGUUCAAAUUUAGGAGCACAUAUAUUGCCUGUAGAAGCAAAUAUGCAAAUUGUGUCCGAAAAUGAACAAGUUCUUCAAAUGCCCUCUUCAUUUCAAGAGGUAAUGACUGAAAAUAUAUCUGAUGCCCAAUCAAAGCAUGAAGAUGAACAUGUUUACCACUCUAAAAACAAUAAAGAGCUGGACUCUGAAAUUAUGCUGGAAAAUCCUAUUGCAAAAACUACAUCAGAAGAAUCUAUUCACUCUGACAAUAGUGAUUUAGAAAAAUACGUAGAUGUAGAAAACCAUGAUUUAACGGUGCCUAACAGUGCCACUGAAGGAUAUCAAAAUAUUUUGCGUAGAUUGUUGAGGGAAUUCUGUUCAUGGUUUUCAUGGCUAUUUAACGUUUUUAAUCCUUCUCAGUAA